AUGAAGACAGCACGCGUGACCGGUGUCUGCUCCGGAGNGAAGGUCCCGCUGCGCAUCAUCUUCAAGGGUACGCCUUUCGUCCCGCCUGCCACGCCCGGGAAGGGAAAGGCGACUCAGCCGCGGAAGAACUCUAUCGCGUGGGAGGUACUUCCUGCGAACCGCUCCAAGCACGGGGUCCCCGUGGGAGGCAUGUCCUUCGGGGUGCAGGAGGAGAGCUGGUGUGACCUGCGGGAGUGCAAGGUCUGGAUCAAGGACAGCUGGAAGCUCCGUCCCAACAACGGCAGCAUCGUCCGGCAGCGCCGAUGCAUCUUGGUGCUGGACGACUUCAAGUGCCACAAAGACGAUGGCUUCAUCGCGGCCCUCAAGAGGGAAGCCAACACCAUCGUCAUCUUCAUCCCAGGCGGGUUGACUCCUCUCCUCCAACCGCUGGAUCGCAUGCUCAACAAGCAGAUGAAGCGGCUGCUGCGGCGGGGCAUGUACACGGCACACACGGCAAAGGCGGCCAGGGACCCCAAGACGGGCAAGCUGGUACCGUUGGGGCGUGGGGCCGUCGCUACUUGGUGCAAGAACGCGUGGGCAUCCAUUACCCCCGAGACAGUCAAGACUUGCUUCAAGAUCUGCGGCCUCACGCUCGCGCUCGACGGCAGCGAAGACCACGCCUGGUGCCUGCACAACUUCGGGGACGGCUACCGCGAGCUCCUGGAGCAGCAGCGCGUCGAAUGGCUUGCGGAACACCCCAACGUGACUCUGCCGCCGCUCCAACUUCCGAAGCAUGGAGUCAGCGUGAAGUGUCUGAAACCUGACCAGGAGAGUAGACUUGGGAGCACUUGUUGGUCUGCCCCAAGGAAGCACGAGGGAGGCUGCUGCAGCCAAGAGGUAUUUCGGAGGAGAUCUAUUUCUUUGGAGGAGAUCUACUUGGCGCGGGCUGCUGGGGGCAUUCACAUAUCGGCUGGAACGGGAGGUUUGAAUCUUGGCGGCUCUCGGUUGCAUCAAAUUUGGGCCAUUUCAUCCGAGCACAAGUCGCCGGAGACGGAAGAGCGCCUUGGUGUCGUCCGCAGUGAAGGAUCUACUGGCGGUCAGGUCGAGUCGGCGUUGGGGACGGGAGGGGGUUCAUUUCCUCCGUCUCAGGUUGUGGCGGGCGCUGUUGCGGCGGCCGCGAGGGCUGCUGCCGAUGGCGUGGAUUCACCAGCAGGUGACGUGGCUUCAACAACGCAAUCAUCCGCAGAUGUUGGUGUUGCCGAGAGCAGUGGGUUUCCGACGCAAAGUCAUGCUCGGGCCUUGGCUUCCAGCGGGGACCGCCAGCCGGAGCUCGGGCGUGCGGAUGACCAAGUCCAGGCCCACGUCAUGUCUCGUUUGGCCCAUAUGUCGGUGGGUGCUGCGGCGGGGGGAGAGCCCAGCGAGGGCACCACGCUCGCGUCUGAGAAUGCGGAAAAAAUCGCUCGUCUGGAACAAGGCCAGACGAACAUUGUGGCGCAGCUUACCGAGAUCGCUGGGUUGCUGAAGAACCUCCGGCCGGAGUCGGGGCAGGAUGGGAGUCGUGGGCCCGGGGGCUCGGGAGGCCUCGGUCUGGUGCCGGCGUCGUCGCCGUGGGGCGGGGGCGCGGGCGGGGGGGCGAGUGUGCCCGCGAGGUCCAACGCCAAAGAGGAGGCGAGGAGGGAGGCCACCAUUUGGCAGGCCAAAUACAAUCAGACACUCUGGGUACUUCGGGGGCAGCGGGGGCCGGAGCCCGGGCCACAGAAAGAGGACCUGCAGGGAUUGAUGAGCGAUAUCGUUCACGUCACGGGCGACGUCCUCGCCCAGAUGCGUGCGUUUUCGUCUUUCGACGUCAAGAGCUUCCGGCCCGUGGGGGUCGCCCGUACGUCGUCUAUUGCAGACAACUUCGACGUGAUGUGUGAGGCAGUGAUGCGGCUGUUGAAGUUUGGUCUAGAUUCGUCCACGACCGCGGGUGUGCAAUCGCUGCGGCGGUUGGAACCCAUAGCCACAGCCAUGGCGGACGCACGCUCCAGGUUUCGGACUACUCUCGUGCGGAAUAGUGAUGUGUUUCCGGACGAGUACCAGCGGGCGGCACUGCCAAGGUUACCGAACGAGGACUUCAAAUUGUGGACAACGGCGAUCAUCACCUGGAUGUACCCCUUCACGAAAAUGCAUUAUCCGCCGGACGCGUUCGACGGACACACCUUGCCGCCGGUGCCCGAGUUCCCCAACAUCAAUAACUUCUGUGAACGGGGGGUCAAUCUAUUCCGGCUGGUCCUGAGUGACGGAGGAUCCCUCCCCGGAACAGGAGAGUCGCGGGGCGGGAGCGGCAAGCGUAAGGCGGGCCAACUGGAUCGGGGUGAUUCAUCGUCACGGAAGCGUGUCACAAGGGAGUGCUUCCAGUUCCGCGACUCUGGCACGUGCUCUUUCGGCGACAAAUGCAGGUUUGAGCACGUGAAGCGCCGAGAUUCGUCAAGCACCGGAAGUGGCAGUGGGGGGGGCGGGAGUCGCGGUGGGGGGGGGCGCUCGUCGGCUGGUGGUCAGGGGGGCGGCGUCGCCCGGAGAGGAGGACAGGCUGACGGUGGCGACGGUGGUGGCUCGUCGUCGGCCUUGGCGGUGCGGGGUGGCAGCAAAUAGGGGUGCGGGCUCCGCCGGGUGGCGGGGCCAACUCCAGUGUCGGUUCCAGCUGAGAGGCCGCAACAGCAGCCAGGUCAUAGGGAGAUGGCGUCCCGGGCCUUGGCUGGCGUGGGGAUCCGAGGCGAGCGCUGGGAGGGCUUGCCCGGAGUGGCUUCCGACUUGGAGUCAGAUCGUGGAGUUAGGCCCGAAGGAGCGCGAGUUGUGCUCCACCGUGCUGGCUUCGAGCUCGUCCGGCACGCACUUGCGCCAUCGUCUGAACGAACUUACCUGGGAUUUUUUGGAGCGUGGGUGAAGUUUCGAGAGGACGUUGUGGGGAGACCGGCGUUUAUGAUGCCGUCGUCUCCAUCGCCGGAUAUUGUUUCGCAAUUGUUGGAGUACGUGGCAUACGCGUUCACGGUGCUGGGCUUGAGGCAGACGACGAUAGCUGGUCAUUUGUCUGCUGUUAAAUUUUUUCAUCGUUUGGCGUAUGCGAUGGAAGUUGAUACAUGUCAUUCUUUGAUCAAGCAAGCGCUCAAAGGGGUGGCGCGAGGGCAUGCGGGUGUUGGUGCGCAGCAACGGGUGCGACGUCCGGUGUCGUGGUCGAUGCUGAAGGAAGGGGGGCGUCUGGUGCCACAGUGGGGCACGGGUGGGCGCGUGUUGUUUCUGGCGUUGAGUGCGUCAUUUUUUUUCUUGAUGCGGGCAUGCGAAAUGUUCGCUGUGUCCUCGUUGGCCAUGGAUUCUUGUCAUGGGUUGCGUCGGGGGGACGUGGCGUUUUUUUUGGGUUCUCGCCAGUUGCCUCCGGAACGGAGGGGAGAGGCCGACAGAGUCGAGGUGCGGUUUCGGUCGUCCAAAGGCGACCAGUUUCGGAAGGGCGCCGUGUGUACGCGGGCGAGGCCGGGGCCUCCCCAGUCUGUGGAGUGUGGGGGGGGUGCAGUCGAUGUGAUGAUUGAACUCCUUUCAUGCUUCCCUGUUCUCCCUUCGUCUGCUCCGUUAGUCGCGUUCGGAACCGGGGAGGGGCGAUGGUCCGUGUGGACUCGUCGUCACGCGACGGAAGCGCUGCGGCAAGUCGUGUCGUUGGCGGGUCUGCCGUCGUCCGAGUACGCGUUGCACUCCCUUCGGAUUGGGGGCGCCACGUACUUGGCAGCGGGGGGAGCGUCGCCAGAAGUUCUGAGACGAGAGGGGAGAUGGACUGGGGAAUCGGGGUAUCGGCCGUACGUAAGGAACCAUGGGAAAGAUGCAGAGUGGGUUUCUAGUACCUUGGCGUCGGAGGGUGAUUCAGAGAGGCAACCAGGACAGGGUACAGAGUGGGGUGACGUAGUCCCCGAGGCUGGUGAGGGCGAGCCGUAAAAGGAGGGGGGAGUGAAUGCGAUCAGGGUUUAUUGGUCGGUACAAGAGUGGGAACCACGGUAGGGGGGGAGAGAGAGUACAGAUCAGUAUGGAAACCAGUCCGCAGUUAGGUUGGGGGCAGGCAUGACUUUGAGAGUAUGCCUGAUGGUGCGGUGACUGGUUUAUACUGAUGGUGUUGUGGACGGGGAUAGGUUGAGAUCCCCGAGUUCCGCUCUUCUCUCCCCCCCCUGUUCAAGCGUGGGGGGGUACGACCAAUUAAUGCAAUUUCGAAAGCAACGAACAAAGCAGAAGAUUGCAGAGACAGAGGCGUUGAAAUCUGAGUUUUGUGAGGAGCGGAAGAUGAAAUAUCUGUUGGCCAAUCAGAGUGCAGCAGCAUGGAGUCAGCGUGAAGUGUCUGAAACCUGACCAGAAGAGUAGACUUGGGAGCACUUGUUGGUCUGCCCCAAGGAAGCACGAGGGAGGCUGCUGCAGCCAAGAGGUAUUUCGGAGGAGAUCUAUUUCUUUCCCACCCACCCACCCUUUUGCUUUUGG